GUCCGGAACAGUUUCCAGUCAAUGAGCACUAUUUUGGUUUAGUUAACAGCUCUUUGACAACUACAUGCAGCAGGAUGCGCAUGAGUUCUUAAACUAUCUUUUAAACACAAUUGCUGAUAUUUUACAAGAAGAGAGAAAACAGGACAAACAAAAUGGCCGUCUACCUAAUGGCAGUAUCGACAAUGAAAACAAUAACAGCACACCAGACCCAACCUGGGUUCAUGAGAUCUUUCAGGGAACAUUAACUAAUGAAACCAGAUGUCUUACUUGUGAAACUAUAAGCAGCAAAGAUGAAGAUUUUUUAGACCUUUCUGUUGAUGUAGAGCAAAAUACAUCAAUUACUCACUGCUUAAGGGGUUUCAGCAAUACAGAAACUCUGUGCAGUGAAUACAAAUAUUACUGUGAAGAAUGUCGCAGUAAACAGGAAGCACAUAAAAGGAUGAAAGUAAAAAAACUGCCUAUGAUUCUGGCUCUCCAUCUGAAGAGAUUUAAAUACAUGGAUCAGCUACAUCGAUAUACAAAACUCUCUUAUAGAGUAGUGUUUCCUUUAGAGCUUAGACUUUUUAACACUUCGGGAGAUGCCACCAAUCCUGACCGAAUGUACGACCUUGUUGCUGUAGUAGUUCAUUGUGGGAGUGGCCCUAAUCGAGGACAUUAUAUUGCAAUAGUGAAGAGUCAUGAUUUUUGGUUGCUCUUUGAUGAUGAUAUUGUAGAGAAAAUAGAUGCACAAGCUAUUGAAGAAUUCUAUGGGUUGACAUCAGACAUUUCAAAGAACUCUGAGUCUGGUUACAUUCUCUUCUAUCAGUCUCGGGAUUGAAUGGGAACUGUGGUGAAGAGAGAUUUUAUGCCUCGUUUCUUCUCUGGCUAUGUUGGAAUGGAGCAAGCACUGAUUUAAAAAAAGGAAUGCAGGGAGCUCCAGGGACAGUAGCGCAGUUUGCACACAACAAAGCAAAGUUUUGAUUUUUUUUUUUUUUAAACCCUUCAUAUCAAGUUCAUUUUAUUUGCUCAGGUAUCAUGCUGACUACACAAUUCUACUACAACUGCUAGGAGAAAAGAGAGAUACCAGCCACUCUUGCAGGAGCAACCUUCCAACAGUUGACACAUUUUCUCUUUUUAAAGUCCUGAGUCAGAGCCCCUUAAAAUCAAUGGAGAGACUCCCAUUGAUUUCAUUGGGGUUUGGUUCAGGGCUAAUUGCAACAAUCUGGCAGUGCAAUAGAAGCAAUAUAAAUCUGGUGUUUUAUACUGAUUUCUUAUUUGAAAAGACAGAGAAUUCUUUGUGCAGUAAUUUGUCUGUAUUCAAUUCUGAAAGAAUAUGGUGGGCAGGGUUUUUUUUUUGUUUGUUUGUUUGUUUUCCUGGGUUCUUUCAUAUAUAAACAAGAAAUAUACUUGGGACAACACAGUUGCCUUCUUGACGGUAACAGAUUAACUGAAAAGAUAAACUAGUGUCAGGGAGGCCAAGUAUGUUUUGCUUCUCUGAAGAAGCUUACAUUAUAGUAAUAUAUACCUAUACUGUCGGGAACAAUCAGUAAAAAUUAUGGCUUUUAAUCUCCCUAUGGAGAAAGAUGGGGUUAUUAAUAAUAGUUUAUUUUUAUUUAUGAAUUACUAUAACUACUAGGGUCCUAUGUAUUGUCUUUGAGUAUAACCAAUCUUGAACAUAAUUUUAUAUAUUAAUUUGAAUUAGAUUUACUUAUUCCAUUUAAGUGGGUUUUUUUAGGAAAGACAAAUUCUAAAUAAAAUGCAUAAAAUAUCUUUUAAAAAAUUGGUAAUACAGAAGGGGUAUUUUCUCAUUCAGGAGGAACUGGUAUCUGGGUUAAUGUUUUACAUUGUUUAAUUAUUAAAUUAAAAUUUGAAUCUGUUUUUACUCUGAUGAAAAAGCCAAACUGUAAAAUGUUUCCUGUAGCUGUCUGAAUGAUGAUUGUAAGAAUGCUUAUCGUAAUGAAAUGGUGGUGGUGUACCCCAAUUCUUACUGUUCUUUAUUCAUUAAGGGUCCAUACUCUAAAUAAUUUGUUAGAAAAACCCGGAUCAAAAUAAACAGUUUUCAAAAUAUCAUUUCCUCCUCAGAAAAUUGAUCCAUUCAGACUCCCAACAGCCUGGGUGACUUUCAAAAAGCUCUCCAAAUAUGAAAUGAAGUUGAUGAUAAAUGAAAUAAUCUAGGAAUGUAAAGGGAAAUCAGUGUUUUGAGAUUUUUUUCAAGUCCUUUGAGGUGAAAUUUUCUGAAAUUAAAGUUUUACCUUGCUUUGGGUUUAUGAAACAGCAUUAAGAUUUAAAUAAUAGCACCACCAAGUAAUAGAUGUAAUAAGAAAUAUGUGAAAUGUUGUGAUUUGAUAUUUUUCCAUGCAUCAGUUUGUUGUCUGACAGUGGCUGAAUGUAAUUUCUGGAAAAUGAUGGAAUACAUAUUUCAG